AGCACACACCACGACCGGUAGCGAUCUCUACAUGGCUUUAAUCUAACUUUAUGACCUCGUAUAAAUAAUCCAGCCGAGUAAAUAUAUCGUGAUAAAAGUGGACGCUCAACUACCGGUGCAAUAUCAGUCGUUCUGAGACGGGGGCCUGGCGAUAUCUUGUGUCAAUCGGAUUUAGUGCAUUAUUUGAGGAAGCGCUUCAUGCGCAUUUUCACGCAACACGCCAUCCGCCGAAAGUGUCAACGCUCUUGCAUUGGGCAAGACACGCUUCCCUGGUUUAAAAAUAAAUCCGGUUCUAUUGAGACUUCGUUUAUCUAUGUUACGUUACGCGCAGUUCAUUCAAACCAAGUCGGAACAUUGACUGUGCAUUAGGAUUGGAGUUUAUCAAUUACGGUGUUCCACGUGUGGUCGUAGUAUCGCCUUGAAGGAUUGAAUCAAUGAGUGAAAUACAAAUUGUUAAGCAAACAUGACAAUCGCCGACGUUCCAACAACCGAGGAGUCCGGUAUCGAGCAGGUGAAGCUGUGGUUCAGUGCCUUUGAUUAUGUGAUAUUCUUCUCCAUGAUGGGCCUUUCGGUGCUCAUCGGUAUCUACUAUGGGUUCUUCGCCAAGCAAAAGCAAGACAACACUGCGGAAUACCUGCUGGGCAGCAAACAGAUGAAGGUGUUUCCGGUUGCCAUGUCUCUCACAGCAACACACAUAUCAGCGGUCACGAUGAUGGGCGUUCCAGCCGAAAUGUACCGAUACGGUAUCCAGUACUGGGCAUGCUCCAUAUCCGGUAUCAUCGUCACUAUCUUCAUGGUGUACGUAUUCCUGCCGGUGUUCUAUGAGCUGCAAACAUCUUCCUGCUACGCUUAUCUGGAGCAGCGGUUCAACAAAAACGUGCGAACCUUCGCCAGCUUCCUUUUUAUGCUGAGCUGUUUCCUCAACUGCUCGGUGGUAAUCUACACUCCUGCCAUUGCCUUCAGUCAAGUGAGCGGUAUCGAUCUCCACAUCGUGACCCCGGUUAUUUGCUGUAUUUGCAUCUUUUACACCACCGUUGGAGGAAUACGGGCCGUGGUUUGGACGGAUACGGUUCAGUUUGGAGCUAUGAUCAUGGCGCUCAUAGUUGUGAUGACUAUUGGAACACUAAAGCUGGGUGGCGUUGGGAACGUUUUUAAAAUUGCCGAAGUUGGAGAGCGACUUGUAUGGUUCAACAUGGAUCCUGAUCCUUCAUUGAGGUCAUCAUUCUGGCUGGUUUCGAUAGGCUUGACAUCUAUGUGGAUUUCUAUGAUCGGUGUUACUCCGGAAUGCGUUCAACGUUUCCUCACAGUUCCGGAUCUUUCCAGUGCUAAGAAGGCAGUCUGGAUUUUUGGAGUUGGCCACAUCUUAGUGAAACUGUUUUCCGUUUAUAAUGGUCUUCUGAUAUUCGGUGAAUACCACGAUUGCGAUCCCGUGCAUUCGGGAUUGGUUCAGAAGAAUGAUCAGAUAUUCCCAUACUACGUGCUGCAGGUAGCCCAAAAGAUUCCAGGACUUCCAGGAUUGUUUGUUGUCGGAAUAUUUUCGGCAGCCCUUUCCACUUUAUCGACCAGCAUGAAUACGCUUUCUGGAACAAUCUAUGACGAUUUCAUCCGAUCACGGUACAAGAUGAGCGAGAAGACUGCGAGCAACGUCGUUAAAGUUAUGGUGGUCAUAGUCGGAAUAACCUGUCUGCUCCUGGUGUUUGUAGUGGAAAAAUUGGGAAGCGUCUUCAGUUUGGCCAUUUCGAUGUCCGGAGUAACUUCGGGAACACUACUUGGAAUAUUUGUCUUGGGAAUGUUUUCUCCAAAAAUCAAUGCUAAAGGUGCAUUUUGGGGUGCAAUUGCAUCUUUGGUAAUCCUUUGCUUCAUAGCAGCUGGUGCGCAGCUUGAAAUUCUCAAUGGCAACUUGAAGUACGAAAGUCUACCGCUACAUUACGAUGGAUGUCCAGGCUUCAACUCAUCUGGAAUCGAAUCACGAACCUUCUACAUCGAUGCUGAAGGCCACAGUAAUUCCGAGGUUCCGUGGAUCUUCCGGCUAGGAUUUAUGUACUACUCACUACUGGGCACAGUAAUAGCCAUAGUUGUUGGAACCGUUGUGAGUGAGCUUACUGGUGGGCAGCAAGAUCCGAUUCCAGAUCACUUGCUUACGCCAUGGGUUCGGCACCUGUACAAAGCCGUUCGUCGGGAAGAUGAUUAUGAAAUCACAAAGACAAAAGCCUCAAUGUAGAUUGAAUGCUUUUGAACAUGAGCUUCCAAGGUUUUCACAAAAAUGUUCAUAUUUUUAAGUUAACAAACAGCAGAAAAUGAGUUUCUUUGAGAAAAUUUCGCAUCAUGGAUCCAUCUGUGGGCUCUUUAUGUACAUCGAAAGAAAAAAUGUUUGCAUACAUUCAGGGAUUUUUAGGUUUUAAAAACUUUAGGGCCCGCGAGCCAAAUGGGUUUAACCAUUAAGGACUCCCGAAUUUAUGGAAACAUUUUUUCUUUCAAUGUAUAUUGGUGUGAAUUUUCUUACAGAAAUUCAUUUUAUGUUGUCCGUUUGUUUCAAAAUCAGGCUAUUUUAGUGAAAAUUUGGAUCAAU